AUGAAUUCUUUUAUAAACUGGACCGACUUGCAAACAAUCGACGGCGCUGUUCAGCCUGCCUUCUUGCAAGUGCCCAAGACCGAUCUGGUCGAAGGACUUCCAGACGGGAUUUUGGCCGCAAUCGCGCCUGUCGUGGCGUAUUGGGUGUAUUCGUCUUUCUACCAUAUAAUAGACGUCUACGAGCUGGCCGAGAAGUACCGCAUCCAUCCUUCCGAGGAAAUGCUGACGCGGAACACGGUUACCGUGGCGGUGGUGGUGCGGGACGUGAUUUUUCAGCACAUCAUCCAAACCGUUGCAGCAUUGGUGUUUUAUCAGUACGAUACGCUCCCCACGACCGGAUUCGAGAACAACACGCUAUGGACGUGGCGCCAGAAUGUCCCGGGAAUCGUUCCAACGUGGACAUUGUACCUAAUUUACUGGUACGGGCUGUCGUUGCUAAAGAUAGCCGUUGCAUUUGUUAUCAUCGAUAGUUGGCAGUACAUGCUGCACCGGGCCAUGCAUCUAAAUAAAUGGCUAUACAGACGGUUCCAUUCGCGCCACCACAAGCUGUACGUGCCGUACGCGUUCGGUGCUCUGUUCAACGACCCCGUGGAAGGGUUCUUGUUGGAUACCAUUGGAGCCGGGCUUGCCAGUCUGGUGACAGGACUGACUCCACGCGAGCAGAUCUUCCUGUACACGUUCUCGACGCUCAAGACCGUCGACGACCAUUGCGGGUAUUCGUUCCCGUUCGAUCCGUUCCAGCUGUUGUUCCCCAACAACUCGAUCUACCACGACAUCCACCACCAGCAUUUCGGAAUCAAGUACAACUUCUCGCAGCCGUUCUUCACCAUGUGGGACUCUGUGUUCGACACCACGUUCCACGGCGUGGACGAGUACGCGGAGAAGCAGAAGAAGAUCACCCUGGAAAAGUACAAGCAAUUUUUGCACGAGCGCAAGCAAAAGAACGCACAGAGAAAGGCCAAGGAGGCCUCCAGGACUUUGAAAAAAGAGUAA